AUUUCACACCAAGAGAUUGUGAGCUGCAGUUCUGGCUGAGUCCUGGGCUUCUCAUGAAUAUGAAGUAAAGAAAGGGCUCUGACCCGAAAGUGGUUCUGAGCAGGGUAAAAUGGGGUCUCGGAAAUGUGGAGGCUGCCUAAGUGGUCUGCUGAUUCCGCUUGCACUUUGGAGUAUAAUUGUGAAUAUAUUACUGUAUUUCCCAAAUGGGCAAACUUCCUAUGCAUCCAGCAAUAAACUCACCAACUACGUGUGGUAUUUUGAAGGAAUCUGUUUCUCAGGUGUCAUGAUGCUUCUAGUAGCAGUAGUUCUUCUUGUCCUGGAGAAUGAUAACAACUGUAGAUGUUGCCAGAGUGAGAACUGCAGCAAAAAAUACAUGACACUGCUAUCAAUGAUUUUUUCUGCCCUUGGAAUUGCUUUCUCUGGAUACUGCCUGGUCAUAUCUGCUCUGGGCCUUGUUCAGGGUCCGUACUGCCGCACUCUCGAUGGCUGGGAAUAUGCCUUUGAAGGCACUGCUGGACGUUUCCUUACAGAUUCCAGCAUAUGGAUUCAGUGCCUGGAACCUGCACAUGUAGUGGAGUGGAACAUCAUUUUAUUUUCCAUUCUCAUAGCUCUCAGUGGGCUUCAGGUGAUCGUUUGCCUCAUCAGAGUAGGCGCCCAGUUAUCCAAGAUACUGUGUGGAAACUAUUCAGUCAUCGUCCAGCCUGGAAUCAUUUGAAUGAGGACAUGAAUGUUUUCCAUUAUCAAGAUAUGCCAUCUGUUUGUCUCAUACCUACUGUAGAGACUUAAGGGCAAUAUUCCAGUGAUAGUGUUUUCUCCAUUUGGUGUUUACUGUGCCUGCUUAUGAAAUUUACGUCUUCACUAAAUAUGCCAACUAUGCUACCUUUCCAUUCAAAAUAUUUUUUUAAGCGAUAUGUGUCAGGAUCUUCAGAAAUUUCUAAACCCUUUGGUCAAACAAAUUCAUUUCCAAUAGUUCAUACUAUGGAAAUAAAUAAGAAUAGAAGAUAAAACUUUAUCCAAAUAUAUAUAAUACAAAUAUUAUUUGAUAUUCUGGAAAAUUAGAAAUACCCAUAAGUCUAACUUUAGGCCUAGAGGUUGGAGGUCCUGGACUCACUAUUUUCUUUCAUGUGGUGAAAAGUUAUUUGCUCUGGCUGCAGACUGAACUCCACACAGCCUACUUGGGCUCCCAACCUAAUUAAUGGUCACAUUGAACAUUCUGGCGCAUGGUGGAGAAAAGGUCCCAGAUCUUUACUUCUAGGUAUUAUGUUUAUAAAUAAAAUGUUCUGGUGCUCAAAAAAAAAACAACUAACUUUAGGGGAAGAAUUAAAUAAAGAGUAGCACAUUAGUAUUAGUCUUGUACAGUCAUUACAAAUUAUGUUAUACAGUCAUUAAAAAUUAUAUUUUUAAGAUGAUGAAUACUAUUAAUUUAAAACGCAGAUUAUAAAUUCAUGUUUACAGUAUACAUUAACCAUCUAAAAUUAACACCAAAUAAUCAAAAUUUACAAUAAAAACUAAAUCUAGAAGGAUUUUCAGAAAAAUGUUAGCUGUCACUGACUUGGAUCAUAGGUGACCCUUCCUACUUUUCUAUAUUUUCCAAAUUUUCUUUAUUAUGUUUUAUAAUUAAAACACAUUUUAAAAUUCAUAUUUUUACUAUUGAGAUUAUUGAUUUUCCCCAAUCUUUAAAGAUAUAUGCUUUUUCAAUAUGUUUUCCUACCUUGAAUAUCUAUAAAUAUCAUAAAAAAACAUAAAUAAUGUUCAGUAAGGAAACUUGUGAGAUAGAUAAGACAAAAGUUUUGUAUAAACUUGUAUAAUCAUACUGAACUGUUAGCCUCAUUUUCUCACUCCUGAUGAGUUGGUAGACUACAAGAGGUAGUCUUGAAAUAAAUAAAUGAUCAGUUGAGGACAUGCUCAACAGGUUAAAGAAAGUGA